CAAGGAAGAGAGCAAAGUGUGUUGACAGCAGAAAUCACACCCAGUCCACUGACCACUUUAAACACAUUUCCUGUCUUAUUAAAUCUGCCCAGCAUCGCUGUCGGGCGUCUGGACCUUGCAGGAGCUCUCAAGGUAUGGAAUAUGGCAGCAACUGACACACAGUUUAUGUUAAGCGUCGGAUUAAUCGAGAAAGAUGUGAAUGGAGACACUCUAUGGGUGUGGUGUUAUCCCUCCGUGGGCUCAGAAAUGAGGAAAGUGCUGCUGAGCAAAUGCUGCCUGACCCAGGACAGCCGGGACUUCCACACCUUUGUGUUUGGUCAGUUCUGUCGUAUGUGGUAUUACAUCAGCACAGUGGAGGUGCAGGAGCCUACAGCCCUCAGCAAGGUCACUCACUUCUCUAUAGUUGUUACAGCAAAAGACUUCAACCCUGAGAAGUACGCUGCACUCAGUAGAAUACUCUGCAGGAUGUACAUUAAACACGGCAGUCCAGUGAAAAUGAUGGAGGCUUACAUCGCCGUCCUCACCAAAGGUAUUUGCCAGAGCGACGAGAACGGCUCAUUUCUAAUCAAGGACUAUGAUGUACGGAAGGCGUACCUGGCAGGAUCAGUCAAAGACGUGGUGUCUCAGUUUGGGAUGGAGACUAUCAUCCUGUAUACGGCUCUCAUGCUGAAGAAGAGGAUUAUCGUCCAUCAUCCUCGCAUUGAAGCACUGUUGGAGUUUACGAGAGUUCUUCCGGCUCUGACGUGGCACAGGAAAGACUGGUCCAUCCUGCACCCGUAUGUGCACCUGACUGAUACUGAAGUGGAGGAUCUGAAGAGAUGCCCUGGGUACAUCGCAGGAUUCGUAGAUCCUGAAGUGAGCAACAGAUCGGACUUGUUUGAUGUGUACGUGAACCUCCCAGACAGUGUCAUCACGGUAUCCCAGAAUGCCAAAGAGGCCUUGGCCAUGGGGAAGUUACACAAGGACAUCGGCCACCUUAUCGUCCAGUCUGCAGAGGAUGCUGAGAGGUCAGACAGUCAGGUCAUCAAGGACAUUUCUGUCAAGACCAAAGAGAUCCUCGCCAACUUGGUGUCGCUGGCUGAUGAGUGUGAAAACUCUAAAAUCACACUGGAAGGUUUAAAGCAGCAUCAUUUCCCCCCGGCGACGGAGAAUUUCCUCUUUCAUUUGGCAGCUGCUGAACAGCUCUUACGGAUAUGAGGCUGUUUUCAAUAGCUGUGCUACAGGACGACGAUGUUCUCAGCAGCACGGACUCUGGCUGUGCGGCUGUAUUUAUAUUGGGGUGGGUGGGUGGGGGGGGGGGGG